CUCAAAUCUGUUUCGCUGCGUUCAGUUUCCGUCUUCGAAAACAACCAAAAGACUUUGAAGCCAAACAAACGUCAAGAUGUCAGAGAAAAAGAUGUCAUCAAGUCGCAAGCAUCAUCUGAAGAGUUUGAUGCUGUCCAUCGCCAAAGGUUUGCUGGAGGAAGAGGAGAGGGAGCGAGAGGUGGAGAGGGAGCGGUACAUGGAGGAGAACUGUCCUCCCGUGUCCAUGCCCAGGAGCAUGCAGGAGCUGCAGGAGCUGUGCAGACAGAUUCACCACAAGAUCGAAGUGAUCGACGAGGAGCGAUACGACCUGGAUCUGAAAGUCAAUAAAAGCAACAAGGAGAUUGACGACCUGAAGAUCAAAGUUCAGGACCUGAUGGGCAAGUUCAAGAAGCCUGUGUUGAGGAAAGUGCGAAUGUCGGCCGACGCCAUGCUGAAGGCUCUGCUGGGCUCCAAGCACACGGUCAACAUGGACCUCAGGGCCAACCUGAAGCAGGUCAAGAAGGAGGUCAAAGAGGAGGAUAAGGAACUGCGAGACGUUGUGGACUGGCGUAAAAACAUUGAAGACAAGUCUGGCAUGGAUGGGAGGAAGAAGAUGUUUGAGGGCGAGGCUUGAAUCAGUGUCUCAUCUGCUCUUAACAAAGCUGCGGUAUUUGUAUUGACUGCUUUCAUCAGAUGAACAUUUA